AUGGCAUCAAAAAUUUAUGAAUUCGACUUUGACGAAUAUCCCUACGUUGUAGGAAUAGAUUUUGGCACCACCUUUUCUGGGUGCUCCUAUGUUUAUAAUAAAGACAGAUUAGACGAGAUUGUUGAUAUUACUAAAUGGCCCAAGCAGGGUUGCGCCGUGUAUCCAAAAGUUCCGACGGUAUCUCUUUAUGACCCAGAGAGUAACGAACUCAUUGCAUGGGGAUACGAUGCCAUUUUUAAAGCAAAUAAGCUCAACAACAAAGGUGUUUACGUUAAGAAAUUCAAGCUACUUCUUGAUCCUAGCAACUCUAGCUCUACGACACUUCCAGAAGUGAUUAGCGAUUAUCUCUGUGAAUUAUAUUCUUAUAUUCACAGCUCGUUUAAGAACUCGCUGGGUGUAGUAUAUAACCCUUCGAAGUUUAGAUAUUGCCUUACUGUUCCAGCCAUGUGGGAUGAUAAAGCCAAGCGUGUCAUGCGAGAAGCAGCUAUUCUUGCCGGUAUCGUACGUCGCAGCGAUCAUCCUGAUCGAUUAAUUUUGACAAGCGAGCCGGAAGCCGCUGCAUUGUACUGUGAAAGCAAGUUCAAUCAAUUUAAUCUUACCAAAGGAAAUCGAUUUAUGAUCUGUGACGCAGGGGGUGGAACAGUUGAUUUAAUUGUUUUUGAAAUUGAUGAAAUGUUUGGUCUGCGAUCUCUUCGCGAAGUCACCAAAGGUUCCGGGAGUUCAUGUGGAUCAGGUUUCUUGGAUGAUCGUAUGCGGGAGUUCCUCAUAAAUCGCUUUGGUGAACAUUCUGAAAGCAAUAAAGUAGUUAUUGAACAGCUGAUUAACCAAUUUGUUAUUGCGACCAAGCCAGAGUUUGAAGAUGAAGACGAUGAAUUUUUUGUUAUUCCGGCUGCACACAGUCUAGAUAAGAAGACUAUGUCUGAAAUUGGAGUAGUUGAUGGUAGAUUUCAAGUGACGGUUGAUGAACUUCGAGAAGAUAUAUUUGAGCCAGUUGUAAAACAAGUCCUGAGUUUAAUAUCUUGUCAAUUGAGUCAAUCUGAAACAAGACUUGAUGCAAUUUUCUUGGUGGGUGGAUUUGGCCAGUCGAAGUAUUUAGCCAAGCGCGUCAAGGAUACGUUUGAAACCCAGGUUGAAUCUAUAUGCGUACCCAGCCGUGGUGAAUUGGCAGUAGUUCGUGGGGCUGUAAUGUAUGGAAUAAACCCAAACAGGAUUACACACAGGGUCUUACGGCGUACAUAUGGGCUCGAAGUUCACUGUCCAUUUGAUGAAUCCGAAGAUUCAAUAGAGAAUAAGAUGGUAACAUCAGACGGUGCCGUACGAUGCUGGGGACGUUUUAAUGUUUUUGCAACCAAAGGAGAAUGUAUAGCUGUAGAUUCAUGUGUCGAGAGAGAAUUUUUUAUAUUCUAUCCAGACAACUUUGUUUCGGAUUUGUUUGCAUAUGAUGAAGAUUGUGAACCUCCACGCUAUACCACUGAUCCCGGAGUUCGUAAGGUAGCUGCCUUUACCACAAAAACGCCGGUUCUACCAGGUAUUAAAUACCAGCAAAAGGUGUACUUCACCACAAGCAUGUAUUUUGGUAGAACUGAGCUUCGUGUAGAAAUUGACAUCAAAGGAAACAAGUUUAUUUUUACUUCCGACUUUGACUCCCAUGAACUAUAG